AUGGUAACAAAGAAUUCACCAACAGAGGCUGAGCUGAAUUAUUCGGUUCCUGUUGAUAAGAGAGGGAUUGAGAAAAAGGAAGUUGUGGUAGAGAAUCAUGGUAAAAGUAUGAUGGAUGAAAAGCAAGAUGAGGUAGCUGGCAAUGACCCCAAGCUCAAUGAAAAAAUGGAAGCAUGGUUUUCGUCAAUUUUCCAGAGUGUCGCAGGAAAAGCAAAUUUAGAGAAGUCAGACCUUCAACCAGCACUUAAAGCCAUUAAAGAUAGGCUCCUGACCAAGAAUGUGGCGGAAGAAAUAGCUGAGAAGCUUUGUGAGUCCGUAGCGGCUAGUCUUGUAGGAAAAAAGCUGGCUUCAUUCACUAGCGUAUCAUCAACAGUUCAGGCAGCAAUGGAAGACGCAGUUGUUCGCAUUUUAACUCCCAAACACUCUAUUGAUGUAUUGAGGGAUAUACAUGAUGCCAAGGAGCAAGGGAGGCCAUAUGUGAUCACUUUUGUUGGUGUAAAUGGAGUCGGAAAGUCUACCAUUCUUGCUAAGAUUGCAUACUGGCUUAAAGAGAACGAUAUUAGUGUUAUGAUGGCUGCUUGCGAUACAUUUAGGUCUGGAGCAGUUGAACAGCUUCGAACUCAUGCUCGUAAGCUCCAGAUUCCUAUAUUUGAGAAAGGCCACGAAAAGGAUCCUGCUAUUGUGGCAAAGCAAGCAAUCCAAGAAGCAAGGCGAAAUGGUUCAGAUGUGGUGCUUGUUGAUACAGCUGGACGUAUGCAGGAUAACGAACCAUUGAUGAGGGCCCUCUCGAAGCUUGUAUCCCUCAACAGCCAGGACCUAGUUCUGUUUGUUGGAGAAGCACUGGUUGGGAACGAUGCUGUAGAUCAACUAUCAAAAUUCAAUCAGAAAUUGGCAGAUCUCUCAAACACACCUAGUUCCACCGUGAUGGAUGGGAUUGUGCUCACAAAGUUCGAUUGUAUUGAUGAUAAGGUUGGAGCUGCGCUUUCCAUGGUGUAUGUAUCGAGAGCACCAGUGAUGUUUGUAGGUUGCGGACAGUCCUACAAAGACUUGCAGACGCUAAAAGUCAAAAUCAUUGUCGAGACUCUCCUCAAGUAG